AGGGCCGCCAUGUCCCGGGGGCCUCUGGGGGCCUCUGGGGACCCGGUCGGGACCAGCAGGGUGAGGACCGGGGCCUGCAGCCUGCUGGGCUGGCCCGAGGGGGUUGGGGGAAGCCAGGCCUCCAAACCACAGUGUCCAAAGGGGCGUGGCUGCCUCGGGCCCACCCAAGGCCCAGAUCUGGGGGUGGGGUGGCCCCCCGCCCUGGCAGGGCCGGGCGUCCGGUGGGCGGCGCCGCCUCGGGACGGGGUGGUCUGUCGGCCAGAGCGGGUGCUGGCCUGGGAGCCUGAGCGAGCCGGCAGCAGGGGGCACAGGGACCGAGUGGCCCAGCCCCUUGGGCAGGGUGUCAGGGCAGGAGCCCAGAGCGCUGAAGCUCAGGCCUGGCUCCAGCUCGAGCCUGGGGACAGGCGCCGGGCAGAGCGACCCGCCCCCCAGUGGAGCCCGGAGGAUGAGGACGAGACUGCCCAGGAGCAAGGCCGGCAGGAGGGGGACAGCCUGCGGGCCCAGGACCAGGACGGCGGUGGCCAGUCCCCCGAGUCCCCGGGGUCUCCGGAGCAGGAGAAGCUCCUGACGCCCUCGGAGUGCCCCGGCCUGGACGAGGAUGAGGGGUUCAGCGACUGGGCCCAGAGGCCGGAGCCGCAGCCGUCCCCUCAGGGAGAGGGUGCAGAGGACGAGGCGGUGGACGAGGACAGGCCCUGCGGGGACCAGGGAGGUGACCAGCUGAGCCCCACUGGAGCCCGCCUGGAGGGGCUGCGUCUGAGCCCUGGCUCCGAGCCCCUGGAGGGGCCGGGGUCGGAGGGUGCGGAGCCUGUGGGCCCCGAGGAGACCGGUGGGAGCAGCCUGGGCCCCGAGGUGGAGGAGCAGCCCCAGGAACGCCAGCAGCGCCGGACCCCGAGCCCCUUGGUCCUAGAGGGCACCGCAGAGCCGGGCUCGCCUCCCCUGAGCCCCGGCAGCAAUAUCGUCGACCGGACCGAGUGCCUGAACCGCUCCAUCCAGAAGAGUAACAGUGUGAAGAGGUCCCAGCCCGUCCUGCCCGUGUCCAAGAUCGACGAGCGGCUGGAGCAGUACACCCAGGCCGUCGAGACGGCUGGCCGGACCCCCAAGCUAGCCCGUCAGCCCUCCAUCGAGUUGCCCAGCAUGACGGUGGCGAGCACCAAGAGCCGGUGGGAGGCGGGGGAGGUGCAGACUCAGUCUCCGGCCAAGGGCCCCUCCUGCAAGGACAUCGUAGCUGGGGACAUGAGCAAGAAGAACCUCUGGGAGCAGAAAGGAGACUCCAAGACACCCACGGCAGCUAAGGGCACCCCAUCUGGGAAGAGGUACAAAUUCGUGGCCACUGGACACGGGAAGUACGAGAAGGUGCUGAUGGACGAGGGCUCCGAGCCCUAGGCCUCCCCUCCUGCGUCCUGAGGCCAGGCACCGCCGGCUGCCAUCUCCUGCCACAUGCCCCGUCCACGCUCCCAGGGGCGAGUCCGCCCGAUGCCCACCCCCUGCCCCGCCGAAGAUGCUGCUGCCCACAGCCCACCUGCCUGCCCAUGCCCCUCCACAAGCUGCCGCUGCUGCCACCGCUGUCCCCCACGCUCCCCUGCCCGCCGGCUCUGCCUCUCCCGGCUGGGGAGGCAAGGGGUCCUCCCCAAUGCUUGGCUGAGGGGACUGUCCCCACGGAGGCCGAGCAGAGACAGGGCACCCGCCAGGCCUCACCCCCGCUGGGAGCCCCCGAGGCCCGUGCAGGGCGCUCAGGCCAGUGCGCCCCACCCACCCCGUCCCCCGAUUGCGGCCCCCCCACCGUUGUGCACAAUAAAGCUCUUUCUGCCCCCA